ACGAAAGUAUAAAUUCCUUCAAUAUGUUUAUUAAAAAAAUACUUAUAAUUAAAUUGUUAGUUUUUAUAAUAACAUGCUUUUUUAUAAAAUGUACAACAGUUUCAACUCUCGAGUUUGAAAAAGGUUCCGAUGUUGAUAGUGAUUCUUCCUUAUCAGAAACUCUUAACCAACUAGAGGUAAAAAUGAUCACCAUUAUUAAUGAUAAAAUGCUUUUGUUAGAGAAAAAUCUUCAAAAUCUUCUGAGCGACAAAAUUACACAAAUCGAUCAAAUGGAUGAAAAAAUUAAAUCGAUUAAUCAACAACUGGAGAAAGAAAUAAACAGCAGCCUUAAAAGUCAUAAUAUGGAGGAAGAAAAUAUGAUUCUUAUAAAUGAAAGUAAACCAGCCUAUAAUGUUAACGAAGUUAUGUGUUCCAAGUGCAACCGUAAUAUAUAUUCCCUAAUGGUGCCCGAAGUCAGUGAUAAACCACUUCCUGCUGUCUGCGAUUUAAAAACUCUCGAUGGCGGUUGGACCGUCAUACAGCGACGUCGAGAUGGUUCGGAAAAUUUCAAUAGAAAUUGGAUAGAGUACGUCGAGGGUUUUGGAGAUUUAAAUCGCGAAUUUUUUAUUGGAUUAGAGACACUUUAUGCGCUGACUUCUCUGGGAGAACCACAAGAAUUGUAUAUAAUACUAGAAGAUUUUGAAGGAGAAAGAAAAUAUGCAAGAUAUGGUGAAUUUAAAGUUGCUUCGAACAGCACAGAAUACAAUUUAACAGUGAGUGAUUAUUCGGGAGAUGCAGGAGAUAGUUUGAGCGAGCAUAACGGUUAUAAGUUCUCAACCUAUGAUCGGGAUAAUGACAAUUCGACUGGAAAUUGUGCCUACAAGUGGAAAGCUGGUUGGUGGUAUCAUAGCUGUUAUAAUAGCAAUUUGAAUGUCUUUAUUUAAUGGGAAAAAUUAAAGAAACUAAAGGUGGCAUGUCCUGGUCUGAAUUUCGAGGUUUAAAUUAUGCUCUCAAGUUUGUGCAAAUGAUGAUAAGACCUAAGUUAAAUUAAACUGGAGUUUAUAGAAUAAUUUAAAGUUUGGCACACUUAAAAAAUAUAUAAACCAUAAAAAUUGGUAAUAGUAUAAAAUAAAUAUAUGUAAACA